AUGGUGUUAGAAGGGGGGCCUUCGGAGCCUCCUCCUGGCUUCCCCGCUUACACCUCCCUGCCCCAUCAGUCUGUCCCCAGCACAGCAGCUGGGUGGCCCAGUGACCACUCUUGUCACACCCUAGCAUCCUGGACUCUGGGGUUCCCCCACCUGGCAGACGGGAACAGUCAUCCUGAGGAAGAUGAAACUGGGGGAAUAACUGGCAGCCCCCGCCCAUCACUGAGUCUCCUCGGCUGCUCUCUCGCCUCUGGUCCCAAACACUCCAAGGAUUCCCAGGGCUUUGCUUUCCACCAGGCACACAAUGGGAAAAGGAGCCUGAUCGGCAGACGUGGCAAAUCCUUAUCGUCGCGUCACCGCCUCUGCUGGAUAACCCAGGACCCCACGGCCUCCCGCAGCUCACGACAGGCAGCUGGGUGUUUGUGCAGGUGCCGACGUGUCCCCAGAUCCUACCACCGAAAAACUGGAACACAAAACCAUGUGCGCCAGGACUCCCCGCUGUGUGCUCCGACAAGCUCUGAAGGAUGGGACAGCUUGAAGGAGGGAGGCACCUGUCUCCCGAAGAGGCGGGCUCCUGCGAUCACGGCCGCUUUGGUCUCCCAGGGCCACGUGUGCGGUCAGGAGGGAGCGGCCCUGCGUGUAAAGUGCUGGGGCCGCCUGGCACGGCAGGCCCUAGAGCCGGGAGGCCACGCGGAGACCCUGAGCAGGUGCUCGGUCAGUGCCAAGUGGAACGAAUGCGACGGCUUCUCCAGAAGGCAGAUGAGAGCACGGUGGCCUCCCCACCUGACAACUUGCCCUGAGGCCCCCUGUCCACUCCCAACCCCAGCCUUUCCCAGAGGAAACCCUUCCAGCUGGAGCACCCAGGAGCCGCAGGACACCAGGAAUCCAGCUCUGUCUGCUGUUUGACAAACGUUUGCCACCCGACCUUCCUUCUUUCCUCUGAACGCCGAUUUUGUUCAUGUUCCCAACUUCCCCGCGAGUCAUGUGGGGAAGGGAGGUGGGUCCCAGACCUCCAGCCCCAGAGGGCAGACCGUGGUCGGCCUAAACCAGCCACAGGGGUCUCAUCCCCUUGCCGGAGAUUCUGGCCCAAGGAUGUGAGGGCAAAUCUGGGCAGGUUCUCCUCACGAAGGAAACAAGAUGCGUUGGAAGAAGCAGCCCCUCUUUUCUCAUGGUGGAUGCUGUGUCUGUGUGUGAUGUCUGGAACCGCCACAGCCAUCUUGUAACCACGAGGAGUGCCGUCCUGAGAGCGAGCCAAUGGGAAGACAGGCAGACAGAGCCCGAGUCCAGGGCGAUAUCCAGAGCCACCGCACGUACACGUGGAGCUCUCCUGCCUCCAGACUUCUGCUUAGCUGGACACCCAUCGGCUGCUGCCCUUGGACACCGGGGCUCCUGGUUCUCAGAUGCUUCUUUGGACUGAAUCACCCUUGCAGACGGCACACGGUGGGACUCCUCGGCCUCCGUGACCACGUUGUUACUUCCCAUAACAAACCUCUUCUCACAUGUAUCUCUAUGUACCCUACUGGUCUGUCUCUCUGGAGAACCCCGACCGAGCACAGGGUGGUCUCAGGGAAGCUUCUCUCGGGACACCUUUUUAAUGGGAAAGAAUGACACAGAUGGCCCGUUGUCACCCAGACUCGGGCAUCUGGCAGACAGUUCCCUGAAAAUGAAUGAAGUAAACCUGCCAGUUCAAGAAAAACACCUGACAGUAUUUGUUUAAAUGGUAGCAUUUGUCCUGCAAUCCCACUCCUGUGCAUAUAUCUGGAGAAAACCAUAAUUCAAAAAGAUACACACACCCCAGUGUUCACUGCAGCACUACUGACAAGACAUGGACACAACCUAAGCGUCCAUUAACAGAGGAAUGGAUAAAGAAGGUGUGGUAUAUAUAGAUACCGUGGCGUACUCCUCAGCCAUAAAAAAGAAUGAAAUAAUACUAUUUGCAGCAGCAUGGAUGGACCUACGGAUUAUCAUACUGAGUGAAGUAAGUCAGACAGAGGAAGACAAAUACCAUAUGAGAUCACUUAUAUGUAGAAUAUAAAAAAAUGAUACAAGUGAACUUAUUUACAAAACAGAAACAGACUCAUAAACAUAGAAAACAAACGUAUGGUUACCAAAGGGAAAAGGUGGGGAGGCAUAAAUUGGGAGGUUCGCUUUAACACACACACACUACUCUGUAUAAAACAGAUAACCAACAAGGACCUACUGUAUAGCACAGGGCACUAUAUUCAUUAUCUUGUAACAUAAUGGAAAAGAAUUUGAAAAAAAUCUAGACAGAGAUAGAUCGAGGUGUGUAUAUAUAUAUAUAUAUAUAUAUAUAUGGAAAUGAAUCACUUAGCUGUACACCUGAGACUAACACAACAUUGUAAAUCAGCUAUACUCCAAUUUUUAAAAAAAAGAAUUAUUACUGGAAAAAAUAAGAUAUUUACCAGGGAAAACAACGGUAACAUUUGAACUCACAAGAGAAAAUUCUAACUUUGGAAAAAUUGUGCUACUUCUGUAAUCUUAACAGCUUUCCAACACUUAAGGACACUCCUGAGAGCAGGGAUAAUGUUAAUAAAUGUGAACUUUUACAUAAAAAGUGUCAAUAUUUGGAUGCAUAACUCAAUGAACCAAUAUUUUCCAAAUGACCUACGUGGGAUGUGGUGAAAUCACGCCUCGAGGAAUGAUUCACUCAGAGUGCAAACCACACCAGCAGAUACUCACGGAACAGAGUAGAAAAGGGUCACUGACUUGGUGUCAGGCUCCACGUUACAGCUAACCUUUGAGAAAAUACUACUUGUUGACUUUUGGUGUAGCAUCAAAGAAAAAACUAUCCGACAUUCUCUGUUAAUAAAAUACUCCACACCACAUACCUGUGUGAGGCCGAAUCUUCUUCACAUAUUUCAACCAGAACAAUGUAUCGCAGAGGCUGAAUGCAGAAGCAGAUGUGAGAAUCCAGCUGUCUCCUAUUAAGCCAGGCAGUACAGAAAUGUGCAGAAAUGUAAAAUAACGCCAACAAUGUACAAUAA